AUGCCCAAUAACCUAGUACUUCUUGCCCUGGCGCAGGACAUCACCGAACUCCUCCAGAGGGCUGCGGAUGAGCUUGGUCUCCUUCCAAAGGUUGGGGGUAAGGAAACCGUAGGUGUUGACGACGGCAACGAAGGUGGCCUUGAGGGUGUUCUCGAGGGUCUUGGUGGAACCGGAAGAGGAGGUGUAGGCGUCCUGGACACCGGCGAGCUGGAGCAGACGCUUGACGGCGGGGAGAGGCAACCAGGCCACGACGGAACCACACUUGCCGGACUGCUUGACGGGCAGAGAGUGAGGCUCACCGAGGUUGGUACCCCAGUAACCGCGGCGGACGGGCAGGACAGCGAGCUUGGCGAUGGUGAUAGCGGCACGGAUGGCGGUGGCGACUUCCUUGGAGGUCUUGAUGCCGAGACCGAUGUGGCCCUCGCCGUCACCGAUGAGGACAAUGGCCUUGAAGCGGGUGUUCGUGUAUGGUGCUGGUGUGUGCCGUACCUUCAUGACCUCAUCCUUCAGCUUGGGCAGGAAGAAGUCCACAAUCUGGAACUCCUUGAUGGGCAGAGAGUGCAGGUAGAUCUGCUCCAUGCUGGUGAUCUUGCCGGCCUUGACGAGACGGCCGAGCUUGGUGACGGGCUGCCACUCCUUCUCCUCCUGCUUUCCACCACGGCGGCCACGGCCACGACGACCACGGCCACGGUCACCACCACGGUCGCCGCGCGAACCGAAACCUCCACGUCCACGGGGAGCAGCGUCAGCCAUUUUGUAUGUAUGAGCGACGAGAACGAAGUUGUCGAAAAGGUGUCGAUGGGGUCGUCGGAGGUUCGAUCUGGACGGACUUGUUUGGCCGAAAUUUCGGGUGGGCUAAGCGAGCAAGCGGGCUGCGGGCUGCCCUAG